UCUUUUUUAAAGUGCUCUUGAGCAAUCGUUCUGCAGGCUUUCUGAAGGUUUUUCACAGCUUUUCUUUGGACACUGGCGGCUUUUUCACUUGAACCUGAUCAUUUCUUUUGUUUGUUAAGCUACUUGACACCAAACUCUGAGUCAUUCAAGAAUAAAAAGGCACCAAACUCAACCAGUACCAGACAACUUGGCAAAGAAACAUUUUAAAUGGUAUCUUUAGGCACUUUGGUACUAGGAGCAUUUUGCAAAGACACAUAAUUUGUUCCCGUUUCUUUUGUUGAAUUUAUGAAAAAUAUCAACGAUAACACAGUUUGACAAACACAAGCAAACACUAUCAGUCAUGGAGUGGCCUCUCCAGAGCUCGGAUCUCAAUAUUAUUGAAGCAGUGUGAGAUCAUUCUGAUAGAGGACGGAACAAAAAGGCAGCCGGCUUUCAAACAGGAGCUUUAAAUGUCCUUCAAGGAGCUCAGAGAGCUACUCCUGAAGAGUGCUUAAAGAAAUAACAUGAAAGCAGCCUCAGAGUUCAAUCUAUGGUGAAGUGUAAAGGUGGUCAUCCCAAAUAUUGACUUUCAGGCCCCUUAGAAUUGUACAGAAUUGUACUGUUUUUGCCUUAUAUACUGUAUUUCCAGUUGUAAAUAUGUUUGCACCCAUGAGGGGCGGCUCGAGACUUUUGCACAGAAAUUACAUAAUGACUUACAAUCAUUAAAGUGUAUAGAACUUCUUUACAGAGGAAAACUCAAAUGAUGAUGGAGGUUAGCAAUGUCCAGAUGUCAGAUUUGAACUUCACAAUAACAAUACUGUACUGUUGAAGAAAGAUGAAAUGAUAACCUUACUCAAAAUGUAUUUUUAUGUGUGGUCUAUGAUUAAUUACCCAAAAUAGAAUAUUUAUAAAAACAUGCUUUGCAUAGAAAAAUUCACCAUGUCACAAUUGCUGUCGUGAUUGCCAUCAUUACUGUGUUUAAAAAAAUAAUCAACGAUAUUAUUGAAAUGUUUAGGGAAAAUUUUAAAAAACGAACCAUCUCUGUAGCUUUGUUUGUGGUUUUUGUUUUUAAAAAAAUCGAAUAAUAAAAAUAAUAUUUUAAAGGUGUUUUACACUGAUUAUCAAGGGUAGCGGUGUCACCUUUUUACUGACAAGUUUCCUGAGACGACUUGAGGAAUGUUGACAUAUGUUAUUUCACUGUCUUUGUAGGGGGGAUUACACUCUGCCUGGGCCCCCCAGUUAGAGCUCAGCCCGAAGCAGUUUGAGGUUUGGCCGACUGGGUCACAAUAAUUGAAAAUGCAUGUUUGGAUGUAACCAUGCACGCAAACUUUGAGUGAAUCUUCACUCUCAGUCUCCCAUUGGCCGUCCAGUUUGUGGCUCUGGGCACAACAGAUUAUGUCUACAGCGGUGGAAAGACAAUACAUUUAGUGAGUACGCUGGAGAGGUUUACUUAAUCAGCCCACUGGACACAGGUAAGAGGUAAGGAUGAGGUGGUUUUGGUGAUGUGCAGAAGAGGGUUGGUGGAUGUAUUGACAUAGGGUGCUGAAGAGAGGACUUUUAUUGUGAAAGUAUCUCUUCCUUUGCUGGGACCGGAAAUAACUUCUUCUCGUUCUCAUUCGCCGGAAGUGCACCGGAGUUAGUCGCAGUUCUAAAUGAAAAUGCCACCUUUGUAGUGUUCGGAUGACACCGGGACAUUAACGGUGAAUUUAAUCAUAUCUGAAAUGCCUACUGGUGCUCACAUCCGCCUUCCCCGUCGCUUUAAUGUGGUGAGCGCGGAUGAAGUCGCCAAGUUGUGCUACGAGCGUUUCAGUCAGCUUCCCCGCAGAGGGAAGCCUGAGCCGGGCAGAGAGUGGACCCUGCUGGCCGCUGUGCUCCAGAUCACCCGCGGAGCUGACUCUCAUUCAGUUGCUAUGGAGGUUGUUUCUCUGGGAACUGGGACCAAAUGUAUUGGACAGACCGCCAUGAGUCCCACAGGUGAUGUACUUAACGACAGCCACGCAGAGGUCAUUGCCAGGAGGGGAUGUAUCAGGUACCUGAUCCAGGAGCUGCACAGGGCUGUGAGCGGUCGGGGCAGCUCUGUGUUUUGUGCAGCAGAUGAGCGAGGAAAGUGGAAGCUUCGGCCCAGAGUUUCCUUCCUCCUUUUUACCAGCCACACUCCCUGCGGCGACGCCUCCAUCAUCCCCAUGACUGACAGCCAGCCUCAGCCCUGCCCUCCUGUCACGUCAGUAAAGGGCCAUGAACAGACUGAUGGAGGAGGAGACCUGAAAAGGAAAGCAGAGGAAUCCGGCGAGGAGCGAAUCUCUAAGCAGCCUCAUCUGGAGGAGACGGCAGAGACAAAGGAAGAGGACAGAGGAGACACAGAACAGCGUGGAUCGCUGAACUUUAACAAAACAUUGGAAACAUCCUCACAAACCAGCAGCUUUGCAGUCUUGGCUCAAACUGAUGGCACUGGCCUGCAUCAUCAGGUCUCAGACAUUCACAGAACAGGGGCCAAGUGUGUACCGGGUGGCCCAGCUGACCCUCUGCAGCCUGGGGUGGGGUAUCACAGUCCGGGCGUUCUCCGGGUAAAGCCUGGCAGAGGAGAGCCAACUCUCUCCCUCUCCUGCAGCGACAAGAUGGCCCGCUGGGGGGUGCUGGGCUUCCAGGGUGCACUGCUGACCCAUUACCUACAGGAGGCGCUGUACUUCAGCACCGUGGUGGUGGGAAAGUGUCCAUAUGACCAAGAAGUCAUGCAGAGAGCUUUGGUCACAAGGUGCGCCUGUGUAUCGGACCUCCCUGCCGGUUUCGCCGUACGUCCGCCUGAGCUGCUCCAGGCCACGUUGGAGUUUCCUUUCAGCCAAGCCCAAACUGAGCUCCAGCACCAGGCCGGCCAGGGCCGCAUCUCCCCCUGCGGGGCAGCCAUCAGCUGGUGUAACGUAACAGAGCAGCCACUAGAUGUCACCGCUAACGGCUACAAACACGGAGUCACCAAGAAGGCCCUGGGAACAGCAAAAGCCAGGUCUCUUCUGUGCAAAUCAGAGCUUUUUCAUUCCUUCUUGUCUUUGGUGUCGGCCACCGAUCCCUCGGCUCUCCCCGACUCUCUCAGGAAAGCAGAGCUGCAGACCUACUGGGACUACAAGCAGGCCUCCCAGUCGUACCAGCAGGCCUGGCAGCAGCUGCGCAGUCAGGCAUUCCCUCUGUGGCCGCGCAGUGACAGAAACCUCCUCCUCUUCCACUGACAACUCACUCUCGACAGGCUUGAUGACAAAGCAGCUUUGUUGUAGGAGAAACUCAGAGGUCAAGGGUCGCCCAAGGUUUGACCUUGUGAAACUCGGAUUUCAAACAUGCUGCAGAGAACAGAAAGGAUUGCGGCACCCUUUUAAUGAAAGGACAAGCUUGGCUUCUUUAAUUUGCGCUGUCUUUUUCCUCUCUUCCUGUGUGUGUGUUGGCUCAGCUGGUCUGCUGUGCCGGUUCGCCUCAGCAGGACGCUCUGCGCUGUCACGCUGUUUGAAACUGUUGGUAAUGCAGCACACACGAUGGCUUAUUUUCACAGUGCAUGUCGUGGCUCCAGCUGCCUGGUGUUCUUAAAAACGCACAGCCAUUUAUACCUGCACAGGAAAACACAGCCUCCAGUCUCACUCCUAGUUUGAAUGCGUCCUGCACUAAAAACAUGAAGAUACUCCUGAAGUCCCAGACUAUGUCAAAAUUUGGAAUCAAAGGAAUUGCUUUAGUUGGUUUAUCAGGUUGAACUGGCAAACUGUGGGAAAAGCUUUCUAAUUUCAUCGUAAGGAAACGACCAGCAGUUACUUUCUGGCAGUGGUUUGAACCCUGCAAAGACGUUUUCGCACCAGUUUGUUAACUCGGCCUGUGUAGGACACAUUGUUGUGAAGAAAAAGGUAAAGCUGCACAUUUCUGCACAAACAGUUAGGUCGUUCAUGCAGGACCACGGUGCAGGGACAGAGGAUCGGUUCAGUUGGUGAUGUGGCUCAGCUGAUUCCUGCUAUUUCCUCUCUGCUAAUGACAAACAGCACAUGGUGGCUUAUGUCCAGGAUGCCUUCAAUUUUCUCAUUCUUCAGCGAUUUUGAGCUGUUUUCGUCACAUCCAUCGUAGAGAUGUAGAGAACUGGGCUGCAAGCUCGUCUGUAGCUCAGGGGAAAAAUAACCACAGGUCAUGGCAUAUGGCUGCCUCUCCCUGCACCUGGUUUCUUCCUGGUAAAAGGGAGUUUUUCCUUCCCACUGUCACCAAGUGCUUGCUCAUAGAAAGCUGUGUGUUUUCUCUGUAUUAUUAUAG